ACAUUACGUGAGGAUGCAGUGAAUGCUGCCGAUACUGAGGGGUCGGAGUAUUGUCUGAUUGCCGCCUAAGAGGUAUAUCAUCUGAAGACCACUUCGAGUGCUGUGUAGAGGGUGAUAUACAUAAUUUUUUUACCAUGGCUCUACCUAUUCCACCGAAAAGUGCUGCAUCGAAAACUCCAAAGGGACUCGACGCCACCAAGGCUCUAACACCAUUCAUCGAGUCAACUUACACCUCGCCAGAUAUUACGUGCUACGUGAACGGGAGGAGAACUGUCAUAAGCAACCCCAACCCACAUUGGACAUUACUGGAUUACAUCCGCGCUCAGCCACACCUCAAGGGCACUAAGUUGGGUUGCGGUGAGGGAGGAUGUGGAGCAUGCACGGUGGUGUUACAAGUAGGAGACCGUCGGAGUGGGAAUAAGAGGAUACAGCAUUUUGCAGUGAACGCCUGUCUGUUCCCUCUGGUUGGCAUCGAUGGGAAGCAUGUCAUCACCGUCGAAGGCAUCGGGAGUGUUGACCGACCGCAUCCCCUGCAAGAACGGAUAGCAAAGCUCCACGGCAGCCAGUGUGGAUUUUGCACUCCUGGCAUCGUCAUGAGCCUGUACGCCGUAAUCAGGAACUCGUACAGAACUGAGACGAAGAAAUUCCAUCUCAGUGCACGCGACAUUGAGAUGGAAGGUCAUCUGGAUGGCAACCUUUGCAGAUGCACAGGAUAUAAACCUAUCCUGAACGCCGCAAAGACUUUUGUAACGGAAGAUCUGAAAGGUCAGCUUGCAGAGGACGAUGAGCCCACAACAGCAGACGCCACAAAGUUUGCGAAAGAAGUUGUGGAUUUCACCAAGACCAGCAGUGCCGGCCGAACUGCAGUAUCAUGUGGUCGACCCGGUGGCUGCUGCCGAGAUCGGCCCUCUGUAUCAGAGGGUAGCUCAUGUGAUAGCAAGUCCGCUACGUCAUCACCACCAACAGAGCCAUCUUCAGCAUCAGACGACGAACACAUACCUGCAAUCCUUGACGCCAAAAAGGAGCCCCACGGGGAUCCUAGUCUUAGUGGAGCCGAUUAUGCGAAACCGAUCAAGAGCAAGGAACACGAUGCUGAUACUGAGACCAAAGCGUCGACCACAGUCAGUGCCCCUCCUGCAUCUUCAGAGAACGGCGUCCCUCGGAUAGAGUUCCAGGAGUACAUACCUGAUACAGAGCUGAUCUUUCCGCCCGCACUCUGGAAUCACGAGCCCCAGCCGUUGUGCUUUGGAAACGAUAAGAAGAUCUGGUUCAGGCCCACAAAGCUAGAGCAUCUGGUCGAACUGAAGAACGCAUAUCCGUCCGCCAAGCUUGUCGGUGGUGCCAGUGAGGUGCAAGUUGAAGUGCGCUUCAAGAAUUCUGACUUUGCUGUAUCUGUCUACGUCUCAGAUAUUGCAGCUUUGAAGUAUACCAAGCUUCCGUCUGAUGCCGAGUUAGAGAACACUCAUGAGCUCGUCAUUGCUGCAAAUACGCCCUUGACUGAAUUGGAAGUACUCUGUAGAGACGUGUACUCAAAAUUAGGCAAGCGAGCCAUGGUAUUGGAAGCCUUGCGGAAACAGCUUCGCUACUUUGCCGGUCGACAAAUUCGCAAUGUUGCGUCCCUUGCCGGGAACAUAGCAACAGCGUCCCCAAUCUCCGACGCCAAUCCAGUGCUCAUCGCCGCUGGAGCAACACUGGAAGCUGUCAACAAGAAGGAUGGCAGUAUGGAUCUUCCAAUGUCCAAAUUCUUCCUCGCCUAUCGGACGACAACCCUACCACCCGACGCUGCUAUUGCGCGCAUACGGAUACCAAUUCCUGCUGAAAAUACCCGCGAAGUUCUGAAAGCGUAUAAGCAAGCGAAGAGAAAAGAUGACGACAUAGCUAUCGUGACGGCAGCGUUUCGCGUACGCCUCGAUUCCCAAGACUGUGUUGAAAGUGCGUCUAUCGUGUACGGCGGCAUGGCGCCCACCACAAAAGAGUCGCCGAAAACGCAAGCCGCUAUCCUGGGAAAACCGUGGUUCCACUCGGAAACGCUAAAUGCAGCACUCACUGGUCUCCUUGAGGACUUCGAUCUUCCGUAUGGCGUGCCUGGGGGCAUGGCGGACUAUCGCAAAACGCUUACGCUCUCGCUGUUCUUCCGAUUCUGGCAUGAAUCCGCGGCCGAGUUGGAUCUUGGCAAAGUCGACGAACAGGUUGUGGAUGAGAUUCAUCGAUCCAUCUCAAGUGGCACACGAGAUGACUACAACCCUUACGAACAGCGUGUUGUUGGUAAACAGGUUGCUCACCUCUCGGCCCUCAAGCAGUGCACUGGAGAAGCAGAGUACAUUGAUGACAUGCCGCGACUUGACCGUGAGCUGUUCGGUGGCCUGGUAAUGUCUUCAAAAGCUCAUGCCAAUAUCAUCAGCGUCGAUUGGGAGCCUGCGUUGGCCAUGCCUAGUGUGGCUGGCUACAUCGACAAGAACAGCAUCCCCUCGGACGUCAAUGUUUGGGGCUCUAUAAAGAAAGACGAGCUAUUCUUCGCCGAUCAAAAGGUUCUCAGUCAUGGCCAAGUCAUCGGAAUGGUAUAUGCGGACACUGCUCUGGAAGCCCAAGCAGCUGCACGCGCAGUCAAGGUCGAGUACGAAGAGCUCAAACCGAUAUUAAGCAUCGACGACGCCAUCACUGCGAACAGUUUCUUCGCACAUGGCAAGUAUUUGAGAAAAGGUCUUGCCAUUGAUGACAAGAUGGACGAAGCAUUCGACCAGUGCGACAAGAUCUUCGAGGGGACCACGAGGAUGGGCGGACAAGAGCAUUUCUACCUCGAGACCAAUGCAGCGCUUUCAAUUCCUUCUGGUGAAGACGGUGCGGUCGAAGUGUGGUCGUCCACACAGAACACGAUGGAGACACAAGAGUUCGUCAGUGCAGUCCUUGGGGUGCCAAGUAACCGCAUCAACUGCCGUGUGAAGCGCAUGGGCGGAGGGUUCGGAGGCAAGGAAUCGCGCAGCGUACCUUUCGCUGUAUAUACCGCGAUCGCCGCGCGCAAGGAGAAGAGACCAGUACGCAUCAUGCUCAACCGUGACGAAGACAUGCUCCUGAGCGGCCAACGGCAUCCCUUCCAAGCGCGCUGGAAAGUCGGCGUGUCUAGCACAGGCCAGCUUCUUGCACUGGAAGCCGACGUGUACAAUAACGGCGGAUUUUCGCAAGACAUGAGUGGCGCGGUGAUGGACCGCUGCCUGACGCACUUCGACAACUCGUACGAAUGUCCAAACGUCUUUCUCCGUGCCCAUGUCUGUAGGACAAAUACCCACAGCAAUACCGCAUAUCGCGGCUUUGGUGCGCCGCAGGGAAUGUAUUUCGCGGAGACUAUCAUGUACAAUGUGGCCGAGGGACUGGGUAUGGAUAUUGAUGCGUUACGGCAGAAGAACCUAUAUUCCGUUGGACAACACACACCUUUCUUCCAGAAGAUCGAUGAAGAUUGGCACGUCCCCAUGCUCCUGCACCAGCUGUCCAAGUCUUCCGACUACGAAGAGCGCAAAGCUGCUGUGCAAGCCUUCAACAAAACAAAUCGCUGGAAGAAGCGCGGUAUCUCUCUCAUUCCCUGCAAGUUCGGCCUCAGUUUUGCCACGGCACUACACCUCAACCAAGCAGGAGCGUACGUCAAGAUCUAUGCCGACGGCAGCGUGUUGCUGCACCAUGGUGGUACAGAAAUGGGUCAGGGACUGUACACGAAAAUGUGCCAGAUCGCAGCACAAGAACUCGGUACGCCGCUGGACGCAAUCUAUACACAAGACUCGCAGACGUACCAGAUCGCCAAUGCAUCCCCAACCGCCGCGUCAUCUGGCUCGGACCUGAACGGUAUGGCGGUGAAGAAUGCGUGUGACCAGAUCAACGAGAGGCUGGCGCCAUACAGAGAGAAGUUGGGCCCGGACGCGACGCUCAAGGAGAUCGCGCACGCAGCGUACAUCGACAGGGUUAAUCUCGCAGCGAACGGGUUUUGGAAAAUGCCGAAAGUAGGGUACACAUGGGGCGAUACGAACCUCGAAACCGUCAAGCCGAUGUACUACUACUGGACGCAGGGCGCGGCGACGAGCGAGGUGGAGCUCGACCUGCUGACAGGCGACCACACCGUGCUACGGAGCGACAUCAUGAUGGACGUCGGCAACUCAAUCAACCCCGCCAUCGACUACGGGCAAAUCGAGGGCGCCUUCGUACAAGGCCAGGGACUCUUCACUAUCGAGGAAUCCCUGUGGAACACCACGUCAGGGCAACUUUUCACGCGUGGACCCGGCACAUACAAGAUCCCUGGUUUCAGCGACAUCCCGCAGGUCUUCAACGCGUCGCUGCUGCGCGCCGACAACGACGGCAAGCCGCUGAGCUGGAACCACCUGCGCAGCGUGCAGAGCAGUAAGGGGAUCGGAGAGCCGCCGUUGUUCUUGGGGAGCACCGUAUUUUUCGCGCUGAGGGAAGCGGUCAAGGCAGCGAGAGAGAUGAACCGGGCGGCGAUUGGGCCGGGGCAGUGGGGAUUGGAUUCGCCGGCCACAUGUGAGAGAUUGAGGUUGGCUGUUGGGGACGACUUGGUGGAGAGGGCGAGGACGGUCAGGAGGGAGGGUGAGACGCCGUUUUUGACAGCUGUUGCUUGAGCGUAGUGUGAUCUACUUGGAUGUUCGCUUUGGUAAACAUGUGAACAUGAUGCGUUUAAUGGCACGUCUACUGUAUCGUCGCUGAUCACAAGCAGCUGAGAAAG